GCUGCGUUGGCGCACGGCGGUGGCGGCGGCGGCUGCUCUCCGGGCAGAGGGAACCCCGAGCCGGGUCAGGCACCUGCCCCACUCCAGCGCUCGUCCCCCCGGGGCGGCCGGCGGGUCCCAGCGGGAUGGGGAAGCAUAACAGCAAACUGCGCCCGGAGAUGCUCCAGGACCUGCGGGAAAACACCGAGUUCUCCGACCUGGAGCUGCAGGGCUGGUACAAGGGUUUCCUGAAGGACUGUCCCUCGGGCAUCCUCAACGUGGAGGAGUUCAAGAAGAUCUACGCCAACUUCUUCCCCUACGGCGACGCCUCCAAGUUCGCCGAGCACGUCUUCCGCACCUUCGACACCAACGGCGACGGCACCAUCGACUUCCGAGAGUUCAUCAUCGCCCUGAGCGUCACCUCCCGCGGGAAGCUGGAGCAGAAGCUCAUGUGGGCCUUCAGCAUGUACGACCUGGACGGCAACGGCUACAUCAGCCGGGAGGAGAUGCUGGAGAUCGUGCAGGCCAUCUACAAAAUGGUCUCCUCCGUGAUGAACAUGCCUGAAGACGAAUCGACCCCGGAGAAAAGAACGGAAAAAAUCUUCCGACAGAUGGAUACUAAUAACGACGGGAAGCUCUCGCUGGAGGAGUUCAUCACAGGUGCCAAGAGCGACCCGUCCAUCGUGCGCCUGCUGCAGUGUGACCCCAGCGGUGCCAUGCAGUUCUGAGCCCCACGGACCCCCCACAGCCCCCCCGCGGCCCCCCAAGGCACCCCCCCCGACCCUGCAGCCAGCCACUGCCACUGUCCCUUGCCCGGCCCCCCGCGGUCCCCACCCUGUGCCCUCACAGCCCCCUCUGGGAU